GCUCCCCAAUGCCACCCCAGAGCCGCGCACCGAAGGUCACUCCUCCCGAGGAAGAAAAAGCGGCGUCGGCCUCCACUUUCGGAGAGGUGCGCGCUGAUUUGGUGAGUCGGCCUUGGGGGCCUUCUCUUCCCUGGCGCGCGGGUUGGCGGCGCUGGAGGCGCCGCCGGUGGGCUCUCGCGCCGGCCCAAGAAAUCCGCGCGCACCUCCGAAAGUCUAUGCCCGGGCAGUUUUUCUCAUGCUCGAUUUCCUUCAGUUUCGCCUGCUUUGAGCCCCUUCUGGAAGCCUCCCACUGCCACGGCUGAGCCUGCCUCGAGAUAUCUUGAUCAGAUGAUUGUGCCCCGGGGCUCCGCUACGAAAACCUCAGGUGGACUCUUCUAGGAGGGUCGCGCACCAAAGGUCGCUCCUGCCAGGGGUCGCUCCUGCGUGCAGAAGAGGAGUUAUGGGAAACCCAGACCCGGCCUACGCCGUGACUUCUGCACAAUCUAGACCCCCAUUUGGUUCUCGAUCGCCUUCCCGGGGCCCCGAGCUGUUAUUGUUUCGACGCUCCGCUGAGGGCCCUCAGAGGCCGAAAACCGUGACAACCGCAGAUCUUCUGGAUGUCCAAAGUCGACCCCCAGACUCCGCCUGGGGUGCGUUUUGGCCGGGAUGUCGAGGCGGAUCCAGCCGUAUAGCCACGAGGAGGCCCAGAAGAGGCCACACGCGCCUGAGAACCUGGAUCAUCGAACCCUCGAGCUUCGGCUUUCGGUUGAUCACUCCCUGCGUGUCGCCCACCAGGGCGCAUGGCGCCGCACCCACACCGUGCCGCCCUCCUUCGACCGCGGCCAGACGGAGGGCGGCCGCGGCCCGUCACGGGAGCACCGAGGAAGCGACCCGGCGGGCGGGAGCACCGGCUUCUGGAAGGAGUUCUGGGCCCGCCAGGAGGCCGGCGCCGGCGCGCGGAGCUCCCCUGGCCAGUGCGGCGGCUUCGCCGCGGGCGCCCCAGCGUACGGCCGCGGCGCGCCGUCCUUCUCGAGGAGGCACUUCUCCACGCAGGACGCGUGGGCCAGCUGGAAGCCGCAGCCCCCGCCCACCCCGCCCACGCCGCCGCAGCGGCCGCCGCAGCGGCCGGCCUCGGCAGCCGCGACGCGGAGGGCGCCGCCGCCCGCGGACACGUCGGGCAUGAACGAGGCGGCGGUGCUAACCACCCUGGAGGCGAGCCUGCAAAGGCUGAGGCUCUCUUCGGUGGACGAGCAGAAGAGGGCCACGAAGGAGCUGAUGGCGCGGGGCUCAGAGGGAAUCCAGGGCGGGGCGCGGAGGCGACCCGCAUCUUCCAGUGGAUCCAGAAUCGGCGCAAAGAGCUGUUCGGCAUCUGACCGGGCGCGCGCGGCCGCAGGGCACGGCCCGCUCGGGGGCAACGAGAGGUCCCCCCCCCGUCGUUGCCCCUCAGGGGCACGGUCCGCGCUUCGCACCUGCUCCUCUCUUUUUGCUCCUGUCCGAGCGGCGCGGGCCUGUACGACACCGGCGGCACAUUUAGGCCAUCGUUUCGCUCACUCCGCCGGCCCAUGCCGCGUCAUCGGUGGCGCCUGCUUGUGUGCUCACGUGGGGUGACAGGAUAGUGGGUGGCGGUCGUUUCCUCGAGCUGCCCGUGAACCUCGCCUGGGAGGGAAACGUUGGCAGGAUAGUUGCAUGGCGCUUCUCAAUGGAUGUCAGUGGACCAGGCCUCCACCGAAGCUCCGUCCGUCGGUGCGUCCCGCCACCGUACGUGGGUCGUGGUUCAGCGGCGUGUUAGGUGCUUGUCGGGUUAUAUUUGCAUGGCUCCCCCGUGCGCAAUUUGUUUCGCUGUGGCCCAGCGCUUGCUAUGAGCAGAAGCGGAUUAGCCAGCUCAGUGGGGUCCUUGCUGC